GCCUCAUGGCGGAGCUACUGCAGCUGCGCAGCCUCGAGCUUGGAAGCAGCAGCAGCACGGCGCGUGCUCCUCCUGUAGACAGUGCACAGGCGCGCGCCUCUCCGCAGCUUUUGGACACCAGAGCGGAUCGUUCCCCGUGCUGCGAGGACUAAUCAUUCAUUCAUUCUUUCGCGUUCUCUCCCUCCUCGCCGCGUGGAUUUGUGCUUCUCCUGGAGGAAAGCUGCAUGUGCAUGUGUGGGUGCAUGUGCACGGUGAUGUCACGGAGCGCGCGGUGCUGAAAUGUGGAGAGAAGCGCAGCGAUCCCUCUCAUCCAGCCGGCAGCGCGUGCUCGCUCUCUUAAGAAUGACAACAAAACCGCGUGAACUGAGCCUCCCCCCGACUGUCAGACGAGUGCACGCGGCGUGCGCUGCACCGGCGGUGCUGUGAGGAAGGACGCUACUGUUCAUUUUUGCUGUUCAUUUUUUUCGCUCGUUUUUAUAUUUUCUGCGCGAGAGUUGCGGGACUUGGACCGCUGGAGAGAGUUCGCGCGCGCAGUGAUGAGCGUUGCUGUGGCACCAUGAAGCUCGUGCAGGUCAUCGUUUUGUGUGGGUUUCUCAACGCUCACACCGACGCAUCCCGCGUUCGUCAGGAGGACUACCCCCCUCGAAUAGUGGAGCACCCCUCAGACCUGAUCGUGUCGAAGGGCGAGCCGGCCACUCUGAACUGUAAGGCGGAGGGGCGGCCGUCCCCCACCGUAGAGUGGUAUAAGGAUGGCGAGCGCGUGGAGACGGACAGGGACAAUCCCAGAUCACACAGAAUGCUCUUGCCCAGCGGGUCACUCUUCUUCCUGCGCAUUGUUCACGGACGCCGCAGCAAGCCGGAUGAUGGCAGCUACGUAUGUGUGGCCAGGAACUACCUGGGUGAAGCGGUCAGCCAUAACGCCUCGCUGGAAGUGGCAUUGUUGCGGGACGAUUUCAGGCAGAAUCCUCAGGAUGUGGUUGUUGCAGUAGGUGAAUCUGCCACACUGGAGUGCCAGCCUCCUCGGGGCCACCCUGAGCCCACAACCUUCUGGAGGAAAGAUAAAGCUCGUCUUGAUCUCAAAGACGACAGGAUUAGUAUUCGGGGCGGAAAACUGACCAUAUCCAACACUAAAAAGAGUGAUGGAGGAAUGUAUGUGUGCGUGGCAACCAACAUGGUGGGGGAGAGGGAAAGCGAGAUGGCUCAACUCUCCGUUUUUGAGCGACCCUCGUUCGUGCGCAGGCCUGUGAACCAGGUGGUGCUGGUAGAUGAGAGCGUGGAGUUCAGGUGUCAGGUGGAAGGAGACCCCUCUCCAUCGCUGCGCUGGAGGAAGGAUGAGACGGAGAUCCCCCGUGGCAGGUAUGAGAUGAAAUACGAAAAAGAUGACUUCAUCUUAAGGAUUAAGAAAGUAUCUGCCGGAGACCAGGGAAGCUUUACGUGUGUGGCAGAGAAUCGCGUGGGCAAAGUGGAGGCGUCAGCUACACUGACAGUCAGAGAGGCCCCCCAGUUUGUGGUGCGACCCCGGGACCAGAUUGUGAUGCAGGGACGCACCGCCAUCUUUCCAUGCGAGACCAAGGGAAACCCACAGCCCGCCGUGUUCUGGCAGAGAGAGGGCAGUCAGGAUCUACUUUUCCCGAACCAACUUCCUCAGGCUGGAAGCCGUUUUUCGGUGGCGCCCAACGGCGAUUUGACCAUCUCCUCAGUCCAGCGCUCGGACGCGGGCUACUACAUCUGCCAGGCUCUCACUGUAGCCGGCAGCAUCCUGGCCAAGGCCCAGCUGGAGGUGUCUGAUGCUCUUAAGGACCGCCCACCACCCAUCAUUCAGCAGGGCCCGACCAAUCAGACGGUGGCAGUGGGUGGCCUGGCUCUUCUUGGCUGCCGGGCGUCUGGAGACCCGGAACCCACCGUCACUUGGCUGAAGGAUGGACUGAGUCUGCUGGGUAAAGAGCCUCAAAUGUCCCUGCUGGAGCCUGGAAGUCUGCAGAUUAAAAACACUAAGCUCUCGGACUCUGGCAUGUAUACAUGCUUGGCAACAAGCUCCAGUGGAGAGACCUCAUGGAGUGCCUUCCUUGAUGUCAGAGAGUCAGCCGAGCUUAUAGACCCCGUGUCCCACAAUGCCACUGCUCUCCCGGGGCCCCCCUCCAAGCCAGAGGUCACAGAUGUCACCAAGAGCAGCGUGUCUCUGUCAUGGCGCCCAGGCCCCGAAGAUGCCUCCCUUAUUUCCUCCUAUGUGAUCGAGGCCUUUGGCCAGCUGGUGAGCAACAGCUGGCAGACUGUGGCCGACCAUGUGAAGAGCACACAGUACACGGUCAAAGACCUACGCCCCAACACCGUCUACGUCUUCAUCAUCAGAGCUGUGAACACACAGGGGGUGGGAGACCCUAGCCCCAUGUCUGAGCCUGUGCGCACCCAAGACAUCAGCCCAGCAGUGCAGGGCAUUGAUCAUCGGCAGGUGCAGAAGGAGCUGGGUGAUGUAAUCGUCAGCAUGCACAACCCCGUGGUGCUCAGCUCCACUACUGUGCGGGUUACGUGGGCAGUUGAAAACCCAUCCCAGUUCAUUCAGGGCUACAGAGUUCUAUACCGGCAGACUUCAGGACUACCUUCUCCAGGAGCUUGGCAAGUCCAGGACCUGAAGACUCCAUCAGAGCGGGACAUCAAUCUACAGGAAUUAAAAAAGGGCGUUGUUUAUGAGAUAAAAGUACGACCCUUCUUCAAUGAAUUCCAGGGAGCUGACAGCGAAUCGAUGACGGCGCGCACAUUAGAAGAAGCCCCCAGCGCCCCUCCCCAGCAAGUCACUGUGCUCACGGUGGGCAGCCAGAACAGCACCUCCAUCAGCAUCUCCUGGGACCCCCCACCCACAGACCACCAGAACGGCAUCAUCCAGGAGUACAAGAUCUGGUGCCUGGGAAACGAAAGCCGCUUUCACGUGAAUAAGACUGUGGAUGCAGCGAUCCGCUCAGUGGUGGUUGGAGGGCUUCAAGCUGGGGUGCAGUACCGCGUGGAGGUUGCAGCCGGCACUAGUGCAGGCACUGGGGUGAAGAGCGAGCCACAGCCCAUUGUGAUUGGUGCAGAGUUACGGGAUGUGAUGACUGGGGAUGAGGGAAACAGCAGCAUCACUGAUGUGGUAAAGCAGCCAGCUUUCAUCGCCGGUCUGGGGGGAGCCUGCUGGAUCGUACUGAUGGGCUUCAGUGCUUGGCUGUACUGGAGGAGAAAGAAGAGGAAAGGUCUCAGCAACUAUGCAGUCCAGUCGUUCACCUUCACCCGUGCAGGUACUGACCAUUUGUCCCGUCCCUAUCUAACUUGCAACGGGCUCGACCCAACUAUAGGCAUGACGUUCCAGCGUGGAGACAGAGGCCUGAUGGGAAGUGGAAGUCGUCCUGGCCUGCUGAAAGCCGGUGAUCCUGGCUUCCCUUGGCUGGCCGACUCCUGGCCCUCCACCAGCUUGCCUGCCAACGGAGGCCUGGGCGCCUCAAAAGACCACAGCAACUUUGGACGCGGAGACGUGCUGCCGGCUGGGGCUGGCGAGAAGACGGGCACCAUGCUGUCAGACGGUGCCAUCUACAGCAGCAUCGACUUCACAGGCAAGACGGGCUACAGCAGCCCGGCCCGAGGCAACCAGGCCACCCCCUACGCCACCACUCAGAUCCUGCAGUCCAACAGCUUCCAUGAGCUGGCCGUGGAUCGGCCUGACCCCCGCUGGAAAGCCUCGCUGCGUGCCCAACAAGAAAUGGCCAGUCUGGGCUACUCGCUUACUGACAGCAGAUCCUGCGCCAACGGAGGAAAGAAUGGUAAAAAGAAGAAAUCCAAAGGCGGCAGUAAAACAGCAAAACCCAACGGCUCCUGCUGGGCCAACAUACCCCUCCCUCCCCCACCAAUGAACCCUUUACCAGGGACUGAAAUGGACCACUAUGCCCCAGACCGUCAAGCUGAAGGAGGGUAUGAGAGUGACAGCUGGGGUCCACCCCUUCCUGUGCAGACCUACCUGCACCAGGGCAUGGAGGACGAGCUAGAGGAGGAGGAGCGAGUGCCCACUCCACCUCUCCGCGGCGUGGCCUCCUCUCCAUCAGCACUGCCCUAUGGCCAGGGCUCUUCUGCCUCGCUAGGCUCCUCCCACCACGAGGAAAUGCAGUCCAUGCUUCAAGCCCAUUUGGACGAACUUACCCGUGCCUACCAGUAUGAGGUGGCCAAGCAAGCAUGGCAUCUGAAAGGCAGCUCUCACAAACCCAAGACCCCUGUCCCACCAGUGGCCUAUGUGUCCAGUACAUUAGGAUCAGACAUUCUGACGGAAGGAGAGGAUGAGGAGGGUGACAGCGAAGAGUACGAGUUAUCUCGGAAGCUCUGUGGAAUAGACUACCCCCCGGGUCGCAGCCUGGAAUCCAUAGAGGGAGCGAUCACAGGACAUGCCUAUUCCCACCGAACCCAGCCGACCAGUCCCGGGUCGAUAGAUGGAGGGCUGCUGGGGACUCAGAGUCUGGGCCAUCAGAGGGUAACACAGGCUCCUCACAAACAUCGGGCCGAGACGCUGGCCACCGAGCCCCGCAGGAGAGACAACGCUGCAGAUGGUCGAGCUCCUGCCUCAGAGCCUCUUCACAGUGUGGGUGCGCGGCUGCACACGUCCUGGGGAUCGAUGGGAUCGGAGCCCCCCGAGGAGUGCAUGGUGUCCACGCUGGAGCGGCAGCAUUUGGCCCCCUGGAGCUCCAGAGGCACGCUGGGACGAGGCUCUCACCAAAGGUCCAAUACAGAGCAGCAGGAUUCUUCAGGCCGGGGGUCCGCCAGCAUGGAGCCCAACUAUGGACACCUAUAGUGCCCUGUGUGUGAGAGAUGCGCCAGACUACUCACUGCCCACCCGAAUGAAAGCAAGGACACGAGAGAGUGAGAGAGAGAGAGAUUUUCAUAGUUCACCCGUGCAAUGCCUGAAGAGCUUCUCCCACCGGUCUUCUGUGAGGUGAUCUUUACCUCAGAGAGAGAGAGAGAGAAACACUGAACUCUAAUCUGAAGCUAAUGUACAGACACACAUCUCACAGUGGUCUUUGACUUGCGAUUUGCUUUUGUCUACCUUACGGCGAGACGUCACAUGUCCCUCCCAUUACGUGUCACACAGUGUACAUCACUUGUUAAAAAAAAGAAAAAGCAAGAAAGAAAGCCUUUUUGUUUUGCUCGUUUUUGGAAAGAAUUAAUAUGAAAAAUCACAAGUAUGUAAAUCCAAAUAAAUACGAGGGAUGUGUAUCACUUGUAAAUAUUUUUUUUUUAUUAUUUGAUGUUGCUUUGCUAUGCAAACCAAAAUCAGAUUUUUAGGUUUGUCUCUUAAAUGGUCUUUUUAACAUUGUGAAUGGAUAAAAAAUGUGGUAUCAUGAUUUCUGUUUUUUUUGUUUGUUUUCAUAAAUGCUCUGAAUAUUUGCUAAGUUAUUAUAAAUAAUUGUUUAUUUUGCACAAAACAUUCUUUGGUGAUAAGCACAAAAUAUCUUCAGCUCCCGCUGACGUGGAAACAGAAAAGAUAUGCUACAGAUAUGCUAGAGAGUCUGCACUGCAGCCUAAAAAUAAAGAGAUUUAGGACAGAAGCGUCCACAAAUACAGAUGUAUUAUUACUGGAUUGUUGCGAUGGGAUUUCCGCUGGACUGAUGGAACAGAAUGAUAUUGAAAGCGUAUAGUACUUACAAAUACAAGAGCAGGUGUAAUUUAAUUGCCUGUCCCUGGUCAUUUGAGCCUGCUUUAAGAGCAGAAAAUGCUCCAUCACAGUCCGUCUCGAAUGUUUUGGGCUACAAAUAAUAUUAAACUAUAUGAAGAAGCCUUUUUCUCAAGGACUCAAGGAAGGAGAUAUACUGUAUAUUACUGAGUGAAAUGAGUGCUCUGCAGUGGAGUUGGGGACUGAGAAAUGAAUGACAUGAUGAUAAUGUCACAGCGUAUCGUCCUCCGUGUUUCUGAGUGAAACCGUAGUGAAAGUAGCAGUUGACAGCUGCUUGUGCUCGACCUCUAGCAGGUGUGUUUAACCUGUGCAAAUGAAGGCAGGUUAGAACAGGUGGGAUGAAAUUUCGAGGAGGGGGGGGGGGGGGAGAUUACAGAAAGGGAACAUUACCCUUGAAAUCAUUUCCUUUUUUUGGCAGCGAUCCCAAUUUCAUUCCCAAUUAGCAUGGUUAUUUAAUAUUCUGCUCUUCAGUAAGCCAUUGUAAAUUAAAAAGAAGAAUCAGUUACUUGUCAGAUGUGUUUAAGCUCGAGUGCUACUCUAUAAAUGAGAGAUUUUCAGUAAAUACUGACAAUUCCAAAUGGAAACAAACAUGCCAUCUAUUCUCAGCUGUUGAGAAAAGAGGAGAGUGACCGGACCGUCCUCUGGUCAUCCUCACACGCUCAUUAGUACGAUGUUUCUCUGCUGAGCUUUGAUUUUUAUUUAUUUAUUUUCGUGGUGUGCGUUUUCUCCACCUGUACAGAAUCUCUAACCUGCCAGAUUCGUUCUGCCCUCAGGAAACCACAUGCACUUGCGAAAUGUGACCGUUUCUGAAAUCAACAAUGCAAAUAAAAUCUGUAUGUGAAUACUGCG